ACCAAAACCUUCACUUUUACUAUUCAUCAACAGAUAAAUUCACAUUACACUUCUGCCUGUACCCCUUGUAAUAAUGUCCAUAAUAAACAGUCAUACGUACAAUGACAACAUAAUUAAAAAUAACUCACAUAAACAUUAUAAUUUGUCGCCGACAAUUAUUUUAAGUAAUUUCAGUGUUACUUCGACUCUUGCGCCGAUCGCUCGUGUGAGCAAGAGUUUUUAAGUUUGCGAUAUUCGGUCUUAUUUGUUCAAAUUGGUUGAGUAAAUGCGAAAGAGUGUUUCUAUAUUGUCUGAUGAUCAGCAAGUGAUGUGAUUAUCACAGUGAUAUCAGUGAAGUCAUGUACGCUAUAAAAACAAUGGGUGAAUAUGUGUUUUCGCCGUUUUCGCUGGACACAUGGUUCGGACGGCCGAAGAAGGGCGGGAGCCAGAUCGACCGGGGCUACGACACCGUCCCCCGGGGCGCGGAGCCGAGGGCCGAGGACGAUGAACCGUCCGCCACCGCCGAGUACACUAGCAAGAUAGACGCGUUGGAUGAUGCACAGCUACAUAGGAGGUUUGAGGAGAUGCUGGCGGACAUGAAUCUCAAUGAAGAAAAGAAGGAGCCUUUGAGAAAAUACCCUCGAGAUCAGAAGAAGAAGAUGUUAGUCGCUUAUAAGUUCGUCAACACACAGAGCUUCGUUUUGAUUGCGGCAGUGGCUAAGCAAUGUCUUGACUCCCGCUACGACCGGGUCCAGUAUGAAUGCAUCAGAUGUCUAUCAGCGAUUCUCAACAAUACAGUCGGUAUACGGACCAUGUUCGAGUGCCGGGAGGCGCUACCAGUACUCGCCAGGAGUUUGGACGCCAGGAAACCACACUGCGCUCUUGAAGCUGCAAAGGUGCUAGCUGCUAUAUGUUUGAUCCCCAAUGGACACGAGAAGGUUCUGGAAGCGAUCACGAUGGCUGGCGAGUCGAGUCGGAAACCUCGGCUACUGCCCAUCAUUGAAGGUCUGGAGACCAAGACUCCUGAGAGCUUGAAGACGGGCUGCAUGCAACUUAUGAACGCGAUAAUCACGGAACCUGAAGAGUUGGAGUUUCGGUUACAUCUCCGCAGCGAAUUCAUGAGGACUGGACUCUAUGACUGGAUCGACGAACUUCGGACAGGAGCGGAGGGCGCGCGUCAGAUUCAAAUGAAUGUAUUCGACACGCACGCCGCCGCCGACCAGGACGAGUUCCUAGCCAAGUUCGACGAUGUCCGAGUGGACUUCAACGACGUGAAUGAGUGUUUCGAGUUAGUAAAGAACUUGGUGAUGGACACUCCAGCCGAGCCAUACUUACUCUCCAUAUUACAACAUCUGCUAUACAUCAGAGAUGAUGAGCUUAUCAGGCCAGCAUACUACAAGUUGGUAGAAGAAUGUAUAACGCAGAUAGUUCUCCACAAGAACGGCUACGACCCGGACUUUAGAGCGACGCAGCGAUUCAAUAUAGACGUUCAACCACUCAUUGAUGGACUUAUUGAAAAAUCCCGAGCCGAAGAAGAAAGGCGAGUAGAAGAAUUAAAAUCUAAGUUAGAAGCCGCUAUAGCGGCUCGACAAGAAGCCGAGGCACGUGCCGCCCAUCUAGAGGAGAGACUCAAGGCCGCACCCAACACAGGACCCGGGGGGGUCACGCAUAAUAACAUCGCUGCCAUCGCCAAAGUAAUAUCGAGUCCCGGCGGACCUCCACCACCGCCCCCGCCGCCGAUGCCCGGAGGACCCUGUGCACCGCCGCCGCCGCCUAUGCCGAUGUCAGUCACCUCUGGCGCUCCUCCACCGCCCCCUAUGCCUUCAGCAGGAGGAGGUCCACCCCCACCGCCACCGCCUCCAAUGCCUGGCGGGCCGCGUGGACCCCCACCGCCCCCGAUGCCGGGUAUGGGGGGCCCGCCACCCCCUCCGCCCAUGAUGGGAGGGCCCCGACCACCACCACCGCCUGGAGGGUUUAUGCCUAGAAUGCCGGUACCAGACGUGUUACCGCACGGCCUGAAACCUAAGAAGAAGUGGGAAGUCGAGGGACCACUGAAACGUGCCAACUGGAAGACUAUAGUGCCGCAGAAGAUGUCCGAGAAGGCAUUCUGGGUCAAGGUACAAGAAGAUAAGCUAGCGUCUCCCGACAUAUUGACUGGGUUGGCGCUCAAAUUCUCGAGUAAACCUGUCGCUAAGAAGAGCGAAGAUGCGGUUGAUAAGGUCCACACGCUGAAGAAAGUCAAAGACCUGAAGGUGCUAGACAGCAAAGCGGCUCAGAACCUAUCGAUCCUACUAGGCGGUUCAUUAAAACAUAUGUCCUAUGAACAUAUUCGAACCUGCAUACUACGAUGUGAUACGACCGUGCUCACCGCUAACGUACUGGAUUUGUUAAUACAGUACCUACCACCAGCGGACCAAUUGAAGAAGCUAGCAGAAUUGAAGGUGAACAGUGAGGAGUUGACUGAAGCUGAACAGUUCGCUGCGACGGUGGCUGAUAUUAAGCGACUGGUACCAAGACUUAGGAGUCUAGCCUUUAGGGAGCAUUAUCCUGAAAUCAUAUCCGAAGUUAAGCCGGACAUAGUGUCAGGCACAGCGGCCUGUGAAGAGGUGAAAUCCUCAGAGAAGUUCGCCAAAAUACUUGAGCUCCUGCUACUAUUAGGGAACUAUAUGAACUCGGGCUCCAAUAACGCUGGUGCAUAUGGAUUUGAAAUUAGCUUCUUGACUAAGUUAACAGCAACAAAAGAUUUAGAAAACAAACAAACAUUACUACAUUACUUAGUAGAGACCAUAGAGAAUAAGUUCCCGGAAGUACUUACGUUCGCAGAGGAAAUGCCACACAUAGACAGAGCGGCCCGAGUAUCAAUGGAGAAUCUCCAGAAAGCUCUGAAGAAGAUGGAGAAUGACAUCAAAGCGUUGGAGAUGGAUCUCAACAACUCCAGGGUGCCGCAGUGUCCAGACGACCUAUUCAACGACUCCAUGAGCUUGUUCGCAACGGAAUCUCGAGAACAGUGCGACCUCCUGCACUCGAUGUUCAAGAAGAUGGAAGCGUUGUACACCGAGCUCGCGGAGUAUUACGUGUUCGACCCCCAGAAAUACACGCUCGAGGAGUUCUUCUCCGAUAUCAAGACUUUCAAGGAUUCCUUUGUUGCGGCACACACGGAAGUAGCGGCAGCGCGCGAGGCGGCCGCCAGGGCCGCGCGGGCACGCAGCGCGCGCGCCGCCGCCGAGCGGGAGCGGAGGGACCGCACGCACAGAUACCAACAACUGCUCGACAUACACCACGCGCAGGACGGCGUCAUGGACAGGUACACGCACAGAUACCAACAACUGCUCGACAUACACCACGCGCAGGACGGCGUCAUGGACAGGUACACGCACAGAUACCAACAACUGCUCGACAUACACCACGCGCAGGACGGCGUCAUGGACAGGUACACGCACAGAUACCAACAACUGCUCGACAUACACCACGCGCAGGACGGCGUCAUGGACAGGUACACGCACAGAUACCAACAACUGCUCGACAUACACCACGCGCAGGACGGCGUCAUGGACAGGUACACGCACAGAUACCAACAACUGCUCGACAUACACCACGCGCAGGACGGCGUCAUGGACAGGUACACGCACAGAUACCAACAACUGCUCGACAUACACCACGCGCAGGACGGCGUCAUGGACAGGUACACGCACAGAUACCAACAACUGCUCGACAUACACCACGCGCAGGACGGCGUCAUGGACAGGUACACGCACAGAUACCAACAACUGCUCGACAUACACCACGCGCAGGACGGCGUCAUGGACAGGUACACGCACAGAUACCAACAACUGCUCGACAUACACCACGCGCAGGACGGCGUCAUGGACAGGUACACGCACAGAUACCAACAACUGCUCGACAUACACCACGCGCAGGACGGCGUCAUGGACAGGUACACGCACAGAUACCAACAACUGCUCGACAUACACCACGCGCAGGACGGCGUCAUGGACAGGUACACGCACAGAUACCAACAACUGCUCGACAUACACCACGCGCAGGACGGCGUCAUGGACAGGUACACGCACAGAUACCAACAACUGCUCGACAUACACCACGCGCAGGACGGCGUCAUGGACAGGUACACGCACAGAUACCAACAACUGCUCGACAUACACCACGCGCAGGACGGCGUCAUGGACAGGUACACGCACAGAUACCAACAACUGCUCGACAUACACCACGCGCAGGACGGCGUCAUGGACAGGUACACGCACAGAUACCAACAACUGCUCGACAUACACCACGCGCAGGACGGCGUCAUGGACAGGUACACGCACAGAUACCAACAACUGCUCGACAUACACCACGCGCAGGACGGCGUCAUGGACAGGUACACGCACAGAUACCAACAACUGCUCGACAUACACCACGCGCAGGACGGCGUCAUGGACAGUUUGAUGGAAGCUCUACAAAGCGGGUCAGCGUUUAGCAGAGAACGGCCGAGGAAGAAAGCUAACCCACGGGUAGCGGGAGCUGAAAGAAGAGCACAGCUAAGUAGGUCGCGAUCGCGGUCAGGUUUAACGGGGGCGAUGACCACGAGAGAAUUAACUAAUGAAUUGCUGAGCAACGCGUGAUGAGACUCACACCAAGUGAUAUUAGGAACAUAAUUAUAUCGUUACUCUUGUUAUAGUAUUCAUAACGAAUUUGUAAUCAUCACUGUCAUCAACUCCUACGUACACGGAUGUAUGAAUGAUGCGUUAAACAACACAAAGAAACCAAACGUGGUCAAACACACGCCAACUAUUGAACAAAAGUCGCCUUCAGUCCGACCAGAGUGGUACAACGACCACGCCGACGUGAAACAACGCUUACUUUGUGUGCAGACGUGUGUGUGAGGUUACAGAAGACCAAAUUCCUCCCCUCCACAAUCUCUCCAAUCGCCAAAUUUCCAAUCCUUCAAUCCCUGACUGCUUUUGUAGUGGUUGACCAUCAGUUUAGUAGGUUUUAAGUGUGGGAGUGCCAUGCUUCGGCAUUGCUGAGCCAGCUUGACCGUAGUGAUACCACGGCCGAGCUGAAAACUGACGUGAAACAACGCUUGCGUUGUGUUUCGUCGUGUGAGUGAGGUUGUUGGAAGUUUAAUUUCACCAAUCUUCCGAAUCCCCAACCAUUCUCAAACUCCUAAUCCCCAUAAGGCCGGCAACGCAAUUAUAACGCCUCUGGGUGUCCAUG